CUUCUGUUAUACAGGUAAACUUUGAUCACGUGACACCAAUGAAUUGUGAAAAGCUUAAAGAACAUAUAUACCCGGUAUACACACUAGUUUAAUUAGUAUUGAUAUGAACAUCAAAGUAUAAGUUUCAUAAAAAGGAAAAAAAAUGGCAGGUGCACGCUGCUGGACCCUACUAUAUUGUCUUAUUUACGUUUCUCAAGUUGCAUCAAAUGAAAAAGGAUUAAUUGUAUCAACGUUUCCAAAUUGGAUGAAUAAUGGACAAUUAAAUGUAUACCAUGGUGACCCUUCAUCGUUUGUUACUGAUCAAACUGUAGGACUUUCAAGACACGAUGUUGACUAUGAUGCACAAGUGACGUCAAUUGCGGCUAAUACAGAACACGAUUCCGUUCUUUUUGUAGAUGCAAAAACAAAUACACUUUAUAAUUUUGAUAAUUUUAAUCUUUAUAUGAACCAAACUAGUCAACAGUUUACUGCUAUGCAUACCGGUAUAUCAGCAACAACGAGUCAAAUUGCAUAUGAUUGGUUGAGUAAAAACGUCUACUGGACUGAUGGAUUCUACAAAUGGAUUGCUACACAUCCAGUCAUGAAAAAAGAAGAUAUGAGCUUGUAUAAAGUGUUAGUAACAAAGCAUUUAACGAAACCUGAGGGCAUAGCAGUGGAUCCUUAUAAAAGAUACUUAUUUUGGUCCGAUGUGAUAGGUGUAACAUCAAAAAUAGAAAGAUCAAACUUGGCCGGGGAUGAAGACAGUCGAGUAGUGAUAGUUCAGAGUGACAGUCCAGUAUGGAUAUCAUCUCUAGCAGUAGACACUGCAACACAGACUUUAUACUGGGCAGACAUUGGUCGGCAGACGAUUGAAACCAUUGACUAUGAUGGAACCAAGACCAGCAGAAAAGUUCUAGCUAAACUUUUAGGAUCUGCAUUCAUAGCAAUAUCUUUAGCUAAGGAUGUUAUAUGUGGAAGUAACUAUAAAGAUCUCAGUGUUAGGUGCUAUGAUAAAAUAACGGGAAAUAACACGUGGUUUACUACUUAUUAUUACAAAGAACCAUGGGCAGUGGCUGUAUAUGACAAAGAUUUGCAAACCAAAGCAACUCAUCCAUGCCAGAACAAACAAUGUGCCCACAUAUGUAUCAACAUUGAUCAAUCAAAUGCGAAAUGUAUGUGCAAGGAAGGAUUCAAGUUGAAAUCUGACGGAUUUUCGUGUGAAAGUGAACAUGGAUUUUUGUUUGGAAAAGCAAUCAUAAUGGCCAAUGCCACUGAUGCUUGUAUGUACGAUGCUCACAUCAGCACAAAUGCUAUGCCUACCUCUGACUGCUUUUUAACAAAUAUGUCCGGCUUAAUGUAUUUUGCUGUUGACAGUCACGAGCGCCAGUUUUACUACAUCGACGAGGUAUCCAUGUCGGUAAAACAAGUUGAUAUGAUUAGUAACAUAGAGAAGGUGAUAUAUACAGGAUCUACAGCAAUCUCAGGAUUUGCAUUUGACUGGACAACGAAAAAUUUAUUCUGGACCGAUUAUCGAGGAGGCAAGAUUAUUGUUCAUUCCGUGUUAACAUCUGCAACAGCAGAUUUAGUAACAUUGUUAGACAGUCCGAGUUAUAUCACUAUAGAUCCACACAUGAAAAAAAUGUAUUGGAUCACAGGUUAUGGAUAUACUGCUACUCUCGAAGAAGGAAAUUUAGAUGGAUCUGGAUUAAAAACAAUUCUGGCUAAAGGAGAAAUUAGUUAUCCAGAAUCAUUGUUCUGGGAUGUAACGUCACAAAAAUUAUAUUGGAUAAACAAUGGUGACCUAGUCAGUAUGAAACCCGAUGCAUCUGAGCCUAAAUAUCAUGCAUAUGUAGGGUAUGCAACUCAUAUAGCAAAAUAUCAGGAUUACACACUUUGGACCACUGGUGACGACACCCUGGAAAUAGCCCAUUUAGAUUCGUAUUAUCCAGAUACUUCAGUCUAUGCUGAAGAUUUAAGUAUGAUCAAAGGAUUAGGAAUCUACGAUGUAGAUAUGCAGCCAAUGGAAAUCAAUAACUGCUCAAACUACAACGGAGGGUGUCAACAUAUUUGUCAGCCAACAGCAACUGGAAUGAAAUGUUAUUGUAAUUUUGGAUAUCAAUUACAAGCUGAUGGAAAGGCCUGCUCCAGUACUCCUUUUGAAGAUUCAUUUGCACUCUUACCCGAUGUUACACAUGACAAAAUAUACCAAGUAUCCUUGUCCAAUGGGGAGCUGCGAGCACUUGAUAUUCCUGACAUUGACGUUCCAGUCUCUAUUAUAUAUGAUAAACUCACGAAGAAACUAUACUGGACUAAUGCUGUCAAGACAGAAAUCCGAAGUUCUCCUCUGAAGGCAGCCGUAUCAGAAAUACUUUAUGAUACCUGGUCGACAUUACCAGUUGGUUUGGCAUUUGAUUAUUCGUCGGGAUUGUUAUAUUUCACUACAGAGUAUUACUGGGAUCCCAGUUUUAUAGGAUGUAUUCAUCCACAUGUUGGAAAAGUGCACAAGAUAAUUUCAAAUUUAGAUUUACCAAAGAACAUUGCAUUGUAUCCAUCGAAAGGAAUACUGUUCUGGACUGAUAUUUCAACAGACCCUACGAGGAAUUCAUAUAUUGGAUCUGCAUUUAUGGAUGGUACUGGGAUGAAGAAAAUUGUUGAUACGAAUGUCAACUCGCCUAAUGGAAUCGUUAUUGAUUAUAAAGCUGAUAGAGUAUAUUGGGCAGAUGCUGAUCUAAGUACAAUAUCAAGUUGUAGACUCGAUGGUACAGAUAGGAAACUAGUUAUAGAGGAACCCGGAGCAAUGCUGGUUGGAGUUGAUAUAUCUCCACCAUAUCUUUAUUAUGUUGGACGAAACAAACAGUCGAUCUCAAAAUUUGACGUGAAGAUGAACACUAAGAUCCAAUUCAUGAAUGAUAUACAUGCUCUUGGAAGAAUAGAAUCGAUCCGAGUAUAUCCAGAACAAGCACAACCAGUGAAUGCUCAGUGUAAGAAUGAGAAUGGUGAAUGUGCUUUAUUUUGCCUGCCAACAGCAACAGGAAGAACAUGUGCUUGUGAAGACGGCCAAACACUCAAUGCAGAUGGCAAAACAUGCACAGGACAUAUCACAUGUACUUUGAAAGUUCCAAAUGCCAUCCUUGAAGAUAGAUGUAUAGGACAUGCAACUGGUAGUUGUAAUUUCACAUGUGCAGCUGGAUACGAAAAAACUGUAGAAACAUUAGAUUGCGAUGAAAAAGGAAACUGGAAUCACCACGUCAAUACUGCUUGUCAAAGUCUUACUGGUACGUGUAGAGCUUUUAUUCCUUAUGGACAUGUCACUCCAUCUUGUAACAAGAAGAUCGGAACAACAUGCUCAUAUGUAUGUAAUGCAGGAUAUGUGCCGAAAGAUAAAGAUCUGACUAUAUUAUGUACAGCAAGUGGAGCAUGGGAUAAACCUUUAGGGGACCUCUGUGUUGCUUCCGCCACUUAUUGUCCGAAUAUUGUUAGGAAUGGUCUGCUUGAUUCGGCGUGUCCACGUUCAUCAGGAAGUCAAUGUGAUUUCACGUGUAAUCAGGGCUACACGAAGAAUGCUGAUAUAACUGCUUUAGUUUGUCUUGGAAGUGGACAAUGGAAUAUUCAGGGAGAGUUAUGUAAGCCAGAAUCAACAGUUCGAUGCCCAUCAACUAUACAAAAUGGUGCUUUUGCCGAACAAUGUUUCUUCAAAGUAAAGACCUCAUGUCCUUAUAUUUGUGAUACUGGAUUUGACAAAAACCCACUAGUAGAUCUAGUAAUGUGUAUGGAUACUGGCAGUUGGAAUUUCAAUUUGAUGUCUUUAUGUAAACCAGCAAUGAGUUCAUGUGAGAAAACUUUCAUGCACGGACACUUUCUGGAACCUUGUUCUGGAAAACAUGAUUCCAAAUGUGGCUUUGUUUGUGAUAAUGGAUACAUCCAACAACCAAUUGUCCAACAUGUCAUCUGUAAUGAUGGUAAAUGGGCGGUAGAUAGAAAUUCGUUGUGCAUUGCACAAACCGGAAAUGUGAUAUCUCCACAGAAACAAGUUUCAGAAGGUGCCUCCUCAGGUGCUGUUGUGGGUGCAGUCAUUGCUGCUGUUGUUGUAACUGUGAUAGUAGUACUUGUCAUCGUCUUUUUCAUAUUCAAGAAAAGGACACCUGCAGGACAAUAUGUUUCGAACAAUACCAACUUAAAAUUUAAACGAUUCGAUGACACAAAUGUUCCAGUCGAACAAGGAGGAAUUACUGGGUUUUCAAACCCUAUAGCAAACCAGCCGGACUAUGGUAAUUUUAGUCAUCUUCGUGAUGAAGGCUAUGUCACUACAGAAAUUAACCCAACAUAUGAAGGAGCAGAUCCAAAAGAUGUUAAUUUAGACGUUGCUAAAUCGCAGUCAACAAAUGGAGUUCGUACGAACAGCGAAGCAUAAUAUCACUAUUUGUUUAUCUUUUUUUGAUAUAUAAGCAUAGUUGAAAAUAUAUAAAUGGUGGUGCAUUGUUUACAUGCGACAUUCAUUACAAAGUAUACUACACAAACGUAGCAUUUUUGCAAGAAAUUAUAUGCAUGUUUAGUCCUGUCGGUAAAUAAAUUAUUAUCUUGUAGUACAAUCCAAAGAAAUUACAUGAAAUCAAUGUGUCAAAAUGUAUUUUAAAGGACACCGAUAUUAUUAUUCAACCGUGUGAUUCAUUUGUUUAAGAGGCCUUAUUCCUAUUUAUGCAGUGUUUUUUUUAAUAAAUGUAAGAGUUACUGAGCAUUUGUAUAUACAUUCCAAAAUACUUACUCUUUUUAUGAAGAUAAGAGAAACAAUAUGUUAAGAAUUAAUGUAAAUCGCUAUGUUGUUUAAAGAUACAGAUUAUAUUUUAUAUCUCCGUUGUUCUAAGAAGAGAUAUUCAAUGUGUCGAUCUAAAAUUGUUUUGUAGUACAGUUGUAAGUGGAGUAAGUUUAAAUUUUGAAACCAAACACAUUUUCAAAACUAUGUUCAUAUUGUAUUGAAAUAAGAAGGUGUGGCAUGAUUGACAAUGAGGGAAUGAUACAUCGAAGACUUUGGCCGAGGAUUUAACAAUUGACAGAGAAAACAAAUGGCCUACAAAAAAAACAAAACACCAUAGCAUAUAUUGGAUAGAUGUUUCAUUCGCAAUCCAGCCACAUCUUCUUAUUUCAUACCGACAACAAAUAACAGUCAAUAAACAAUAACUUUAUUAAUUUAUCAAAAGAUUUCGGAGUUUUAUUUAUUUUACUAGGAUUACUACUUCCCUACAAAUAUGUAAGUUUAGCCGAACUGGUGUUUAUCAAACUUAGGCUCUUUAUGUCGGUAAAGAAUCUAGCAAAAUGGGAAUGAUAUUUGAAAAUAUGUCCUUGAAGUGUUCAAUAGUUAAGUCAAAAUGACCUCUUAUUAUUCCUAAAGAAUUAUGUCCUAUUGAAAACGAUAGAACGCAAUUUCAAAUGUCCAAUGCUGUGAUGUAUAUGAUAUGCUCUCAAUAUAAGCGGAUUCCCCUAUUUGGUCGGGUUGUUUUAUCUUUGACACAUUACCCAUUUCCAUUCUCAAUUGGUAUAUCAGUAGGCAAAACAUUUCAGUGAUGUAGAUUUUUCUAACAUUUAGAAAACAAUUGAGCAAUGCUGCAUUUAAGAAAAAAAACUGCGGAAUGAUAUCGAAUUUGAUUUCACAGCUCCCAACCACUUUCAGUUUUAUUAUAUAUUUUUACAUUUGUUCAUUUACUGUAUAUAAUAUCAUGUGUGACAUAAAUAUUUUUUUGUAACAUAUUAAGUUUUGAAUAUUCCAUAUACUUAUACAAUAUAUACAAGAAAUCCAUUUGAUAUACUAGUAAUGUAAAUAGUGAUCAACACUUGACUUAUUAUAUAUGUGUAUUGAAUCAUACAUUUAUUUUUGUCAUUAUUAUCAGGGCAUUUUAUUUGCAUGUGUAAAUUCUUAGAUUUCAUUUAUUGCAAAAAGAUAUUGGGCUGGUCCCAUAUUUUAAAAAUGUUACAAUGUAAUAAAGAAGAAUGAAUACAGAUUAUUUCCAUUUUAAGAUAAGCAUAUUGAUAUUAAAGUUUGACUUUUUGUAAAUAAAUUCAGAUGUUUGAUUAAAGUAAACAAUUUACCUUCAAGUGGGGUUUUAUGAUUGGACUGAAUGUUCUUUUUCAUACAUCAUAGUAUCAAUUAUUUCUCAGAAUAGCCAAAUUUAGAUUUGUAUGUUGAACCAGAAGUGUCCUCCCCUAAGAAGAAUAAAAGGGAAUUGUAAUAAUUUUUUUUAGAUAAAAGAAAUAUUGAUGUUGACGUGUUUUGACACCAAAUAUUUUCCAAAAUAUAUUAGAACUUUUUUUUUUUUGGGGGGGGGGGGGGGAGAUUUGUUUGUGUGAGGGGAAAAGAUUUGGGAUGCAAGCAAAACAAAAUACUUUGUCAUAAUACUUAUGGAUGUGCAAUAUAAUGUUUAUCAAUGAAAUUGUACCUAACUAUACAAUUUUCGUUUUGUUGUUUGUUUAAUACACAAAGAGUUCGAAUUAUAUAUUGGGGCUGUGAUGAAGAUGCAUAACUGUUAUUCCCAAAUCAAUGAUUAUAAAUAUAACAUAUUGUUUUCCAAUUUGAGGUUGAUAUCGAAAUAUGGGUCUUAGAUAUAACAGGAAUUUCAUAAAACAUUGAAUUAUGAAUUAAGUACUACAGUAGGCAUCUUGAUAUGAUAUAAUCUCGAGUCACUUUUGGUAAAAAGUGAAACUGCGUUAAACUGCAAUGUCUACUUAAAAUACAACAACCAAUAAAUCAAAGCAUUAAGUAACUAUUUAGUAUGUUGAAUUCCUUUCCAUAAUCAGAAAUUUGCUGCAUGCCUAAGUACAAAAAGGUCAGUUGAUAUGUGUGUGAAACUUGUAUUAUUAAGAGAUAUUAAGACGUGAAAUAGAAAAAUGGUGUGAAGAGAGAUUAUCAUUAUUUUAUGUUAUUGAAUUGUAUUUUUCUAAAUAAAGAAAAAGACAAAUUA